UGGCAAUGUUCUGUUUUCAGGGGGGCUUUCUCAGUGGUGAGAAGAUGUAUGAAAAUCCCUACUGGUCAAGAAUAUGCUGCCAAAAUCAUCAACACCAAGAAGCUGUCUGCCAGGGAUCAUCAGAAACUGGAAAGGGAAGCCAGAAUCUGCCGUCUUCUCAAACACCCCAACAUUGUGCGGCUGCAUGACAGCAUCUCCGAGGAGGGCUUCCACUACCUGGUGUUCGACCUAGUGACGGGCGGGGAACUGUUUGAGGACAUCGUGGCGCGAGAGUACUACAGCGAGGCCGACGCCAGCCACUGCAUCCAGCAGAUCCUGGAGAGCGUGAGCCACUGCCACCUCAACGGCAUCGUGCACAGGGACCUGAAGCCGGAGAAUCUGCUCCUGGCCAGCAAAUCCAAGGGGGCGGCCGUGAAGCUGGCAGACUUUGGCCUCGCCAUCGAGGUUCAAGGGGACCAGCAGGCGUGGUUCGGUUUCGCUGGCACGCCCGGGUACCUGUCUCCAGAAGUGCUGCGGAAGGACCCCUACGGGAAGCCGGUGGACAUGUGGGCCUGCGGCGUCAUUCUCUACAUCCUGCUGGUGGGGUACCCCCCCUUCUGGGAUGAGGACCAGCACAGACUCUACCAGCAGAUCAAGGCCGGAGCUUACGAUUUCCCAUCACCAGAGUGGGACACGGUGACUCCCGAAGCCAAAGACCUCAUCAACCGCAUGCUGACCAUCAACCCCGCCAAGCGCAUCACCGCGUGCGAGGCACUGAAGCACCCGUGGAUCUGCCAACGCUCCACGGUGGCCUCCAUGAUGCACAGGCAGGAGACGGUGGACUGCCUGAAGAAGUUCAACGCACGGAGGAAGCUCAAGGGCGCCAUCCUGACCACCAUGCUGGCCACCAGGAACUUCUCAGCGGCCAAGAGUCUGCUGAAGAAGCCGGACGGAGUGAAGAUAAACAGCAGAGCCAACGUGGAACCCCAAACCACUGUGAUCCACAGCCCUGACGGAAACAAGGAGUCCACGGAGAGCUCCAACACCACCAUCGAGGAUGAAGACGUGAAAGCUCGGAAGCAGGAGAUCAUCAAGGUCACGGAGCAGCUGAUCGAGGCCAUCAACAACGGGGACUUCGAGGCGUACACAAAAAUCUGUGACCCGGGCCUCACUGCUUUUGAGCCAGAAGCUCUGGGCAACUUGGUGGAAGGGAUGGACUUCCACCGGUUCUACUUUGAAAACGCUCUGUCCAAGGGCAGCAAGCCCGUCCACACCAUCCUCCUGAACCCGCACGUGCACCUGCUGGGCGAGGACGCGGCCUGCAUCGCCUACAUCCGGCUCACCCAGUACACGGACGGCGGCGGGAGGCCCAGGACCAUGCAGUCGGAGGAGACGCGCGUGUGGCACCGCCGGGACGGGAAGUGGCAGAACGUGCACUUCCAUCGCUCGGGGUCCCCCACGGUGCCCACCAACUAAGCGCCCGUGCCACGUCGGCCUCGUGUCUCAGGCACCGGACCGGACCUGGCCCGGGUGUCUGCGUGAGGCGUGAAGGCGGCCUGUGCCUGCGCCGCGUCUCGUCACCGCCCCCUGCUGUCCAUGUGCACCCCGCGGACAGCUGCACACGGAGGCCGCCGUCCAGUCCCCGAGGACCGCCUGCUCCUCGUGUCUGUUCCUGCCAAGACCAGCGGCCCUGCUGUCCCGACGGCGUGCACGCGACAUGUACAUUUUUAACUCUGCUGUUCUCUGCCUGGGCUUGUUCAACAAAAAGGGCGAGAACCACGUGUUUCCUGGGUGAAGGGGUGGCGGCCCGAGGGCGCUGCGCUCCCCUCCUAAGGGUCAGACGUCAUGGAGAGGCCGCGUGGUCGCGUGUGAUCGCACAGGCGGCGGGCGCUGCCGGGACCGCUGGCUGCCCUUUUUGUCCUCAGAUCUGCUGUUUUCUCUCAUUCUCCCUGUUUCUAACUUUCCCACCUCCUCGCUUCUGUCUGGUGUGUGAGACGUGGGGUGUGCGUAAACAAAGUGAGAUCCUGCCCCGGCUGGAGGCCCCGCCAGCGGCUUCACACCUUCCGGGCCCACAGGGUGUGGUCAGGGGCUCAGGGUGUGAUUGG